ACUGCCCUGGCAAGUUUUCCAACACUGUUCAAGUUAAUAUAAAGCUAGUGGGAGAAUUAAAAAAGGAAGCUAAAUUAGUUUAGCCACUUUCGCCCCUUAUUUGUUUGUCUCUGAUUUGCUACAAUAAACUGCUAACAAUGCUGGAUAACCUUGUGGAAUUUGCCAGUUACUGGUGGUUUCGCUACCUCAUGGUCACUGAGCUGUACAUGUGUGAAAAGUGGGAGCGCGUAACGAUACACGUCAUCUUCAUGGUGCUAUUUUGCGUGUUCUGGUACUUUAACUACUCCGUCCUGCUUUCCCUGACCGGACUGAUUACUCCCAGUGCCUCCAUCGCGGAUAUAAUGCCCAAUGUACAAGGCCAGACUCUCAAGGUCACCUAAUUGGCCGCAACUGUUGUUUCGUAUCGUCGCUCUUAAUAUCCAAAUAUGUAUCUGCGUAUCUGCAACUGUGCCUGCCUCUAAACAAGCUUUAUCUAAUCCACAUUCAUACCAAUCGCCGGUACAUCGGUGAAGAAGGCGGUAUGGCAUUCCAAUUGUAUGUGUGUUCAAAAUGCCCAGUAAUCGCCAGCUGAUCCGAAAUAGAAUCUGAAGUGGACAACACCCGGCGGCUGUCCAAGUAAUACAAGGCGACACCUGCCGCUGUUUAAAGUAGUUGUUAUCUAGCCUUAGUUACAUGUAGUAAACAAGUAAACAAAUAAUAAAUAAAUUCUAUCGAAA